CUUUAACCAAUAUAAGAGGCAAACAGAAAUGAGAUAGAGCUUUUAAGUCUUAGUUGGGAAUUGAUAUUGACAUAUGGAUGCUUGAGCUUCUUUAGAAGAUGUCUGAUCAAGAGAAAAAAAGUGGCAGUGGUGGUGGUUCCCCCGCUGUGAUAGUAGAUCAAACGCCUAACAAUCGUCUCAAGGCUCCAUACCGUCCUACAGAUCUUCAAGAUGAUACUGAACCUCAUCAUAAACAUAUAAGGGCUCCGGCAGUUCAAUCUGUUGCUGAAGAGUUGAAAAUUCUAACUCAAGGUAGUACCGCUAGUGAAAUAUCGGAAGAUAAAGAACAUAAAGAUUAUAAGCGUGUGAUACCUCCAGAUAUGAACAAGCAAAACGUUGCAAAAAAGCUAUCUUCAAGUCCCAAAAAACGGAAUUCUUCACCCGAAUCAAUUGUUUUAGCACCUAUGGAAGUCGACACGAAGAAGGGUUCAAUCACACCGCCCACACAACCAAUACCACAAGAUGUGGAAACCAUUUCUGAAGCGGAGUUUACAACUGAAAAAGAAGCAGCUCAGAAAGAAGAUACUGAUAGCAUUACGGAGGAAAUUUCUGAGGGUCGGACUGUUGAACCCACGAAGAAACAUUCAAAUUGGUCAGACGAUGACGAAGAAGCAGGCGGGCUGCCGCGCAGUGAAUCGCGGGCGUCGCGCGUCUCUCGCGUCGUGCGUCAGUUUUUCUGUUGCGGUGUACCCUACGAAGCUCCGUCCGAAGAAAAUAUAUCAUCCGGCCGAGCUUUCGGUCAAGGAAUAUAGAACUUCACCCAAUGACACUACGUCUGCGAUGCUCUCGCGUACUCUAAUGUCACAUUAGCUGGCCAUUUUCGAUUGCUAGUACCUCUACAACAGAACAAACUAAGAACUUGUUAAGCUUAUUGUGGCGUGUUUCCAUCUAUGUAUUCUCGAUGUAUCCUGGAAUCUAGAAAUAAACAAGUAGGGUUGGCACGGGGACAACAAUCGGGGAUGGCCAGCUAAAAAUAUUGAAAAAAUAUUAACUUGUGAGUACCUAUACUUAGCUUGGUGUGUACAUAAAAUUACUAAUAAAAGUGUUAUUUUAUUUGUU